AUGGAAUUCUCUAAAGAACCGAAUUGCUAUGAUUUAAAUUUUUCUUCACAAAAAUUGGGUGAACACACUCGAAAUAAGCUUUAUUCAUUCUGUUAUGAUACGCCAAAAAACCAGAAAGAAGCUGAAGAUAAAACUAAAGAGGUUAUCAAAGCAUUAUUUAAUAAAGUUAUUAAUGAUUCUUCAAUUUUUCCAGAAAAACCUGACAAAUUAGUAAUUAGACUUAGUUUUGAAGAAUAUGAUAACCUAAAACUAUUUAUACAUGAAAAUAU